AUGCCUGGUAGCAUGUUUCAGCAGCAACAGACGGGCGCCGGUCGCGGUGCACCUUUACAGUCUGGCCGGCUGCAAGGCGCCAAGCUUGGCAACGGAUCUGGAUGGGGUUUUAGUGGUCCUAUGGGAGGCGCACCGGGCCUUGCGGCUGUUCAGUCGCGCAACCCACCCGGCAUGUCGAGCUUUGCCCAGACUAUAGGAGGUGGUUCCCAAUCGCACACACCUCUGGAUCCUUCGGAGUUCCCCUCGCUCUCCGGAGCUCCUCAGACGCAACAACCGAACAGCCAAGCCCAGGCGAUAUGGUCCAACCCGAACAUCAGGACGGCCCAGCACACACCGGUGCAACGCGCACAAGGUCAAGGCGCCACCCCUCAGCCUCCCUCCGCGCAAGCAAAUCGUCCGCAGCCAGAGCACCAGCAGCGAACUCAGGACGAGCCCUCGUCGGCACAUUCUCAGUAUGGUGGCGCGAUGGAUGAUUAUCGCUUUGGUGGUCAGUCGGGUGUGGGUCAGCUGUCAGGAGCCACUCAGCAACAGCAGCAGGUGAAUAUUGAGGAGUUCCCGCCUCUGGGAGGAGGAGGAGGUGGUGGAGACUUGGGUCAAGACAGGCGGACUGGCAUGAUCCAGAAUGCGGCAUAUGGAGGAGGCAGUCCAUUUGGAAACAGCGUGCACCAAGGCCGCAACGGCAUGGCCAGCCCUGUGGAGAGCCAGCAGGAUUCCGUCAGCGAGAGGAUAGGCGGGACUGUGCUGCGCGAUGACAGGACUGCUGCGGAACGUAGGGCUAGAGAAGCCAGCACGACGUCAUUUGGCAGCCAGCCUGUUCAGCCGCCGUCCAAAUCGGGCUCCAUCUCCCAUCCUGAGCAGACACGGCUGUCCCAGAUGAGCGAAAUCGACCGGUUUGGACUUCCCGGUCUUCUCGCCAUGAUUCCUCCGGACAGCCAAGACCACUCCAGCCUUGCCGUGGGUCAAGACCUGACUGUCUUGGGUCUGGAUCUGAACCGCCCUGACAACUCUCCUCUGUACCCAACCUUUGGCUCACCUUUCGCGGAAGCUGGUUCGCGUCCGGUCAUCCCUGACUUCAGCCUACCCGCUGCCUACACUGUCACGAACGUCCCUCCGUUGCAAUCGAAAAUGCCAAGUUUUUCCGAUGAGACUCUCUUCGCGAUCUUCUACCAAUACCCCAGGGAUAUCUUGCAAGAAGCUGCUGCACAGGAACUCUUCAAUCGUGAUUGGAGGUGGCACAAGGAGCUCCGGCAAUGGAUGAUGAAGGACACCAGUUUCCCGCAGCCACAGCGCAUUAGCGAGAAGUCGGAGCGGGGCUGUUACAUCUUCUUCGAUGUCAACAACUGGAGGAGAGAAAGGGUAAGCAAUGCACUGAUUCCCUGCGUGCUGUAA